AUGUCGACCUUCAGCUCGCGCACCUCGGCCGGAUCGCAGAAGAAGCACAAGUGCCCUGUCUGCAACAAGCGGUUCACCAGACCCAGCAGCUUGCAGACCCACAUCUUCUCGCACACGGGCGAGAAGCCGUUCCAGUGCGACCACGACUCGUGUGGCCGUCGCUUCAGCGUCGUCUCCAACCUGCGACGGCAUAAGCGCAUCCACCGGGGAAUCUCUAAAUAA